AUGGCUACCUUCACCGUUGCAACACUAUCACCGUCGUCUUCUCGUUUAUUCGCUCCGGUUCGUUACAAUCUUCAUCCGAGCCAACUCAGGCCGAACCUCCUGUACAAGAAUUGGCACCUUCCGAGGCUGCCGCCUCUAAAAUGUUCCUCUUCAUCUUCGGAACCGGAAACCUCCGCAACUGAUUGGACCUACAAGCUGAUUUCAGGACUUGCCGGAAUUGGAUUCCUCGAAACCUCCUAUCUUGCUUACCUUAAGCUCACUGAUUCCGAUGUCUUUUGCCCCGUCGGCGGUGACACCUGCUCCAAUAUACUCAAUAGUGAUUACGCCGUCGUUUUUGGUGUACCUCUUCCUUUGAUUGGAAUGGUUGCGUAUAGUUUUGUAGCUGCUCUUAGUCUUCAGUUAGCUACAAAGGAGAAUUUACCUUUUGGGAUUAACAAAUCCAGUGCUCAAUUGGUGUUGCUUGGAAGCACAACCUCAAUGGCAACUGCUAGUGCUUAUUUUUUGUACAUUCUAACCACAGCGUUCUCUGGAUCAUCUUGCUCAUAUUGUCUGCUUUCGGUCCUCUUGUCAUUUUCCUUAUUUUUCAUCACACUCAAGGACAUUGGGUUGCAAGAGAAGUUUAAACAACUCGGUUUGCAGUUGUUUAUUGCUAGCUUAGUGAUUCUCACGCUGAACACCUCCUAUAGCAGUGCAAAAUCUGAUGCCUCAAGCGGAGCUAAAAUUGAGCUGCCGUAUUUUGCAACCGAGAUUACAGCCCCAUCAAGCCCCUUUGCACUAUCUCUAUCAAAGUAUUUGCACUCCAUAGGAGCUAAAAUGUAUGGAGCGUUCUGGUGUUCACACUGUCUGGAACAAAAAGAGAUGUUUGGACGUGAGGCAGCCAAGCAAUUGGAUUAUGUAGAAUGUUUUCCCGACGGAUAUCGAACAGGAACUAAAAUGAUUGAUACAUGCAUAGAUGCCAAGAUAGAAGGUUUCCCUACAUGGAUUAUCAAUGGCAAGGUUCUGAGUGGUGAAGUAGAAUUAUCAGAGCUGGCACAAAUGUCUGGUUUUAGUGAAUCUGAUCAACCUAGUUAA